AUGGCCUCCAAGACAGAACCAUCAACCAAGAACUCCACUUCCACAACACCUUACCAAUACGAGAGAAGGUCUGGCAAAUGUCCAGUAUGCUUCAAGCAUGCUUCAUGUUCUCACAGUCGAUUAUUGAUCAAGACAUCUGGCUUUGAUAAGCCAUUCAUUGGUUGCUAUAACAGAAUGGUCUAUCAACAAGCUAUCGUUCCCGAGCAUCAAGCAGAUUUAUAUGAUGGCGUGAUCAUCAAUUCUGUUGCAGAAUUUGCUAGUAGUCUAGCAGCAAUCAAACCAGCAUCUUGGAAUGGCUACAGAGGUUUAUUAAUUGCCAAACUCUAUGAGCCGAUUGCUAAUUUCGCAAAGCAAAUGGGCUUCCUUCCUAAAGAUUUAAUUCUCUCCAUCAAGGAAGAAAAGAUGAAGGAAGAUAAGAAGAAUAAUUUAAUUAAUAAUAAUUUAAAAAAUAAUCAGUAUCAUGAUGAAGAUAUUAACCCGAUGAUGGAAGAUGAUGUGGUGAGUGUUGAUCUUGGUGCUGUAAUUGAUGUAGAUGAUGAACAAAUGCUUCCACCUAGUGUAUUGGCAAGCGAUAGUGAUAAUACUUCGUCAUCUAACAAUACAUCACCUCCAUCAACAACAAAGAGUGAAUCCACCACUACUAACAAGAAGAAGAAACCAGCAGAUCUUCCACAGUAUAAGAAGGCUGCAAUUAAGAAAGCCUCUGCAAAGAAGCAACAAGUCAUCAACAAACAACAAGUACUUUCCACAAUCUACACAACAUCAUCAUCGACUCACAAUAAUCAACAAGCACACAAUGUUAAUUAUCAAAUAAUUUGUGUUCAUGAUAGAAGCAAGAAGGAAAGAAGAUUGGUCCGCUUGAGAGAACAAGAUUUUGAAUCGGUGGAUAGUUUUCAUGUGGCUCUUCGUCGUGAAUUACAAUUAAAUUGUGGAUUUAAAUUUGAAAAGCUAAAAUUCAAGCUUCCAGGCUUGAAACGUUCCAUUGAUUUAAAGAAGAGUGAAAUGGAAAUUAUUGCUGGUUUUGUUAGAGAGAGAAAAUAUGAUGAGAUUUUAUUUCGUUUUGGAGUAAGAAUGGAGAAUGAUUUAAAAUUAUCUAAUGAUUCAAAGCUUACAAGCUCUGAAUAA